AUGGCGAAUGCACAAACACUAAGGGAAUUAGCUGCUCUUGAUUUAAAUCAGCAACCUUUAUGCAUUACUUUCGCAAGUUUGAAUGAUAACACUCCAUUUGGAUUAAAAUCUGGUCUGAUUGAUCUCUUGCCAUCUUUUCAUGGUUUGCCAGGUGAGGAACCUUACAAACACUUGCAAGAGUUUGAUGUUGUGUGCAAUAGUAUGAAACCCUCGAAAAUCACAGAAGAACAGAUAAAAAUGAGGGCAUUCCCAUUCUCUUUGAAGUAUCACCUAUCACCAGGUAGCAUCACCACGUGGGACCAGUUGAAGAAAAAGUUUUUAGACAAAGACAAGAGUAUAAUUGCUGCUGCGAGUGGAGAGGCACUAGUGAACAAGACCCCUCGAGCAGCGUGGGAGCUAAAUGAAGGAAUGGUGGAGAAUUUGCAGCAACUUGGUACGAGGGAAGAUGUCCUGAUACACAAGGUGAAUGAGGUUGAGACAUUCUCUAUCCAACAGCAGCUGACUGAGUUGACUUCUUUUGUUAGGCAAAUGGCUGUAGAAAAUGCAUCUCAGGCUAAGGUGUGCGGGAUUUGUACUGAUAUGGAUCAUUUUACGGAGAUGUGCCCAAUGAUUCAAGAGAAAAGUGCAGAGCAAGUAAACAUGGCUGGUCACGCGCCCGCGUCAAGAAAGGCUUAUGACUCGUACUCGAAUACAUAUAACCCGGGUUGGAGAGACCAUCCCAACCUCAGUUAUGGGGGGAACAGGUAG